UGAGUUUUUACCGUAUAUUAUAAAGUCCUUGGCUACAAGUACACGACACGAGUGACUACUAGUUUCACUUUCAAUAAUCUCCCUCUCUGAGAACGACAGUCUUGUUGUACUUUGAUCUUCACCAUGAAACUCACAUCCGCCCUUGUGCUUUUAUUCAUCGCUAUAGCUAGUGCGCAAGGAGGAACAACAAUAACCGGAAUCCCGGCAUCCGACUCAAACGGCUUUACCAUCACUUAUGACUCCGGGACGUAUGACACCAGCUCGCUUUCCUCUUUCCUAUCUUCCGAGUCAUCAUCUGUGCAGAGCUUGUUCUCAUCCCUCGGCAUUAGUACCACACCUACUAUCAUACCUACUUCCAUUGGCACGAUCUCUCCCACCGUAACGUCUCCUUCGUCCAGCGGGUCUACAUCGGGUGCGACAAGCGCACAAACCACGACAACCUCUAGCGCUGCAGGGCGAACAGAGGCGAUGUUGGGGAUGGGGUUGGCUGCGGGAGCUGCUGCGGGCUUACUUGGGUUCUUUUUUUAA